GGUUUCAGAUUUCAUAAUUGUUCAAAUUAGACUUGUUAUUUCCAUCAGGUUCUUUUGCGUGAAUUUGACCUAAAUAACGAAGUAAAUAUUUUUUAAACACAGCGAGAUAACAGAUUGGGAAAUAUUAUUUUCACUAAACAAAGUGGUUAUGUUUACCGAAGUUUCGCAACUAUAAUUGUAGCCUUAAUACUUCAACAAGUUUAGCUAGCUAAUCAUUCGGAAUACACCUGUGAGAUUCUUUUCACCGCGACUGAAGUGAUAUGGAUUAAACAUACUUGGGUUUAUAGAAAAAUGUAGCAGAUUUUAACGAGGAUGAAAACUUCAGAAAAGAAGCGAAUUUCAAAAGAAAACGUGUUCGACGGUGAUCAUGAGACCCCCACCCACCGGGCGGCGGCAGAGGGUGACACGCAGCUACUCGUCGUCGCCAUAAAACAGGACCCGAGUUCGAUACAACAAAAGGACAGUGACGGCUACACACCACUCCACCACACAGUGCUCGGAAAGCACAUGUCAGCGUUAAAACGUCUGGUGAAGAUGGGAGCAGACGUGAACGCUCAGGACGGUCAAGGUCGCACAUGCCUCUCGAUUGCCGCUUAUCAGGGAUGGUGCGAGGGGCUUAUAUAUUUAUUACGGAAGGGAGCACGCCAAGAUAUCGUGGACAACUCGGGUCGCUCGCCUCUGCAUGCCUCGACGUAUGAUACAGACGUCAAGCCUCUGACGACGUUACUGAAGCGGCUGAAGUCAGAGGGAAUAAAUCUAGGUGAUAAUGAGAAAAUGACCACUUUGCAUUGGGCCGCGUUCCAUGACCGACCUGACCACGUCCGACAACUCUUGCAGAAAGGGGCGUUACUCACGGUGGCGGAUGUUGACGGGAAAACGCCUUUACACUGGGCGGCUCAGAACGGUAGUCGCGCAUGCGCAGUGCUUCUGGUGGAGAGCGACGAAUCGGGCGAACUCUUGAGCAGAGUGGACAAAUGCGGAAAGUUGGCGCUCCACCUGGCGGCCGCGGCGGGUCAUGUUGGCAUCCUUCAAGACCUGGCAGAGGCGGGGCCUCAUUUAUGUGGCGAGGGGGACAUGGAUGACAGGACGCCGCUCCACUGGUCAGCAGCCACAGGCCACGCCUCGUGUGUUCGCACCCUCCUCAACCUGGGGGUGUCGCCCGACCCCCGGGACGCGGACGGCGUCACACCUUUGGAAUACUCGAACAACGCUGGGCAUUUAGACUGCAAGACGCUCAUUCAAAACAAAAUAAAAUCAAAAGGAACCAAACCGGAAGUUUUAAAACGCAAAUCCGGUGGGGGAGGAAGUAGCUUUCUGAGUUCACUCUUCAGUCGUAGAAAACACGAAAAAGCAUCCAAAAAAUCUUCAGAGACCACAGCACUCCCCGAUGUAGUUAGUACGUCAAUGGUACACGCCCGUGACGUCAACGGACAUAAAAGUAACUGCAUGACGUCAUUGAAACCUGACGCUGACAUUGGAGCUCAAUCUCAAACAUUUUAUAAUAAAUCAUUUGACUUUGGUGACGUCAACAGUGACGUGCAUGCUAAGAAUAUAAAUGCGCGAUUAAAAAAGACGACGUCACACCAACUAUUAAAUGCGAAUGGAGAAUUUUCGCCUUCGUCUCCAUCACUGAAGACGCCUACGACCCUUUCUAAAAACAAAGAACCAGUCACGAACGGCAACUACGGAUUGACGCCGCACACUCGCGGUAUACACUUGUCUCCCCUGGGUGACUUCAGAGCCCACAGCCUGUCUCCGAGGGUGUAUAGCCCGGGGUUGCUGCGGGAGUCACCGGGAGGUGUGCUGAGACGCGCGGGGGAGCUGGAACCCCUUCGAAAAGACCGUCCGAUGAAAGAAAAACGCGACUUCCCACUCCCACUUCCGAGUCACUUGACACGUCUACGACAGGACUUCGCCGACGGCCGAUCGCGAUCACCGACGCCGACUGUGCCGUACAAAAUUUCGGGUCGAGUUGUUUUACCAGACAUUAAAGCGGACCUCGCAGAGGGUGGCCUCGAUACUGACACGCGGAUCAACAGAAAAGAAAAGAAAAAGAAACAUCGGAAAAAAGAACAACGACCGGAAGUUGUCGAUGAAACGCCAUCUUAUCUUGGAACUCCAGUGAACUAAAACAUUUUUACAAUCGUCAGUGUUCUGGACCGAUGAUCCAAAUCACGUGACAGUAGUAUCUAAAAAGCAGGCUUUGGAGAAUGAAUCCAAGGGCCUUACGUUACGGUACGUCGGAUAAGCCAUUACGUUUGUGGCCCGUAUAAAAAUCGAUAAUAGGCCGACUAUUACGUUUCAUGCGUGACCAUACAUUAUGACGAUAUUACAUCGACUACGACCUUACGUAAGUGACACGGACGUGACGUCGAUAUUACGUUGAAUAAGACAUAACGUUAACGGCUCAUAUGUUACCGCGGCAUAAGGUCGACAAACACGUUUAGUACGACACCCGUUUGUCAUGUAGAUAUUACGUCGACAAAGACGGUAAGUUAUUGGCAUGGACGCUACGUCGAUAUUACGUUGACCAAGGCGUCAAUGUGUGUUUUCAGUGCUUGAUAGAUGUUUCAAGUGUAAAAUCUAAAAGGGGUCAUGAAGAUUAAAUUACUAAUGGGCUCCUGUACUAUGGAUCUUAAAGUAUAAACAUUUUGCUGUACCAUUUUUUUAUUAUUUCAAUUAAAACAAGAACAACAUGUA